AUGUCCGCCACCGUACCAACCCCCGAGCAUCACCUUAGCGAGUUCUCGAACUCACGCACCAUCGAGAUUGGGGAGUGGGUCAUCACCGCACGCACAAACCCCAUUUCAAACGCAGGCGAGUGCGACGCGCUCCAGGUGGCUCUGAGCGGGAUGCCGCUGCCCGAGAUGACCUUUGGGAAUAAUGCGCUCGAGUUGAAGCACAAGACCAGCGGCUGGCAGUAUGCGUUCACUACCGAGGCGUCUUUAAAGGCCGUUAAGAACGGAGAGCUCGGGGAGGGCGAUGGCGCCGUGAAGGUGGGGCACGCGGAUGCCUGGCUGAAGAGUCGGUCGGGACCGUCGUCCCAGCUUCCGAUGCCCAAAACAGUUCCCACAAAGCCGUAUGACUGGACGUACACCACCAUAUACCCUGGGCAUGCCAUAGCUACUUCAGACUCGGUAUCAUGGCAACCUGCUGAAGCGGACAAUUCGUCGCACACCAUCCCACUGGCUGAGCUUACUCGCCAGGAUCCUAUCCUGUUCUACGCAGAGAUACCGCUCUUCGAGGACGAGCUCCACGACAAUGGCACUUCCCAGUUAAUCAUCAGAAUACGCGUCAUGCCGACCUGCCUCUUCAUACUGUCGCGCUUCACGCUCCGAAUAGAUCAUGUCCUCUUUCGGACGUAUGACACGCGGAUAUAUCACUCGUUCGCAUCGUCUCCUUCUCUGGUCGUGCGAGAGACCAGCGGGUGGGAGGCUCCAUACGAGUGGCUGAAACGACGAUUGCCCAAGCGUGACGACUUGACACCGCUCACGGAUGCAACCUUCAUCGCAAAGACUCUGACAGAGAUGCCGCCAGAGGUUUCGCAGCAGGCCGGUGCUGGCACGCGAUGGAGAGGACUCGGUACCAAAUUGUCGGUCGCAACUCUACAGAAAUCCGGAGUGAAUAAUGCCAAGAUACCCGAGGCUCGAUGA